GAAAAGUGUUGUAGGUGCUCAGGUCCGGUCCACAGAGCAUGGCCCGGCCCGGUGAGACACCUCACAGCGGGACAGAGCAGGUACCGUGAGCGGGAAAGCCCUGUCCGCUUCCCCGCUCUCCGCUCACUCUCCUCCGGCUCUCCUCCGUGCGGAUCUAGCCCACUACUGGCGGUGCGGUGAACCAGGUGCAGCCAGGGAAGGGGAGGUAAAGGGGAGGGCAGCGCAGGAGGGGGAGAUGGGCUGCGAGAGGAGGUGACUCUCCGGCAGCAUUUAGACACAGCGAAAGGAUCAUGGCGGAUGGCCCCAGGUGUAAGCGGAGAAAGCAGGCGAACCCGCGGAGGAACAACGUGACCACUUACAACAAUGGACUGGAGGCAGGCUCGGACACAGAUGACGAGGACAAGCUGCAUAUUGUGGAGGAGGCGGAUGGGGCCGAGUGUGACAGCACCCUGCCUGACGAGGAGCACCCCAGGGAGCAGUGCUGGGACCACGUGAAAGAAGAGCCACUGUCUGAGCCAGAGGACGAGCGUAGCACAGAUGCCCUGGUAGAGGAGAUGCUGCAGCAGGGAGACACAGCCGUCAUCUACCCAGAGGCCCCUGAGGACGAGCUGCCCAGGCUGGGGACUCCCGAGGCCCCGGGGCCCGAUGAGAACGGCACCCCAGACUCCUUCUCCCAGCUGCUGACCUGUCCGUACUGCGCGCGGGGCUACAAGAGGUACAGCUCCCUCAAAGAACACAUCAAGUACCGGCACGAAAAGAGCGAGGACUCGUACCCCUGCCCCGAGUGCACCUACAGCUUCUCCCACCGCGCCCAGCUCGAGAGACACAUGAGCGCGCACAAGGCCGGGCGCGACCAGAGGCACAUCACACAGUCUGCAGGGAACCGUAAAUUCAAGUGCACUGAGUGUGGGAAGGCCUUCAAAUACAAGCACCACCUGAAGGAGCAUCUCCGCAUUCACAGCGGUGAGAAGCCAUACGAAUGCUCCCACUGCAAGAAACGCUUCUCCCACUCGGGCUCCUACAGCUCCCACAUCAGCAGUAAGAAGUGCAUCAGCGUGGUGUCAGUGAAUGGCCGGCCCCGCCCCAAAGCCCAAGGACCCCCGGCCGCCCUGCCUUCAUCCCCAUCCUCGCUCCGGGCACAGACCAGAGACCACAAACCCCUCCAGGAGCAGCUGCCCAUCACCCAGAUAAAAGCCGAGCCCGCCGACUAUGAGUACAAGCCCGCUGUGAUGGCUCCCUGUGCUGGGGUGUUGAAUGGUGGUGCAGCGGCUCCACUCCAGGGCACGGUGCAGGCGGUGGUCCUGCCCACGGUGGGGCUGGUGUCUCCCAUCAGCAUCAACAUCGCAGACCUGCAGAAUGCACUCAAAGUGGCUGUGGACGGGAACGUGAUCAGACAGGUCCUGGAGAGCAAAGGCCAGGCUCCAGGCUUCACCUCCACCACUCUGCACCCCUCUGCCCCCACACAGCAGCUCCUGUCUGCCAUCAGCCUGCCCAUCGUGGGACAGGACGGCAACGCCAAGAUCAUCAUCAACUACAGCCUGGAUCCGACACAAGCUCAGGUGGCCCCACAGAACCUGAAGAAGGAGCCCAUGUCCCCCGGUGAGAAGCUGCCUGAGGACCUGACAGUGAGAGGGCUGCGGGAGGUGAAGGAGGAGGGGGAGAAGACCAAGAACUGUCUGCUCUGUGACCACUGUCCUGCUGGGCUGGAGGCUCUGCAUGCUCUCAAACACGCCAAGAGACUCAAUGGCCUAGACAAGCCCGAGUCCACCAUCGCCGCCCUGCUGUCCGAGGGAACACUCUGCAGCCAACCCAAGAACCUGCUGUCUCUGCUCAAAGCCUACUAUGCCCUGAAUGCAGAGCCCACUGAGGAGGAGCUGGCCAAGAUCUCCGACUCGGUCAGCCUGCCCGAGCAUGUGGUAAAGAAGUGGUUUGAUAAGAUGCAGCAGGGGGCACUAGGAGCACCUACCCCACCCUCUGAGGAGGAGGACAGUGUGGUAUCUCUAGUUCCAGGGAAGGAUACGGUUGUGAUGAGUCCCUCAGUCAACCAGGACAGUCCCUCCGAGGCCACCCCAGCAGAGGCCAACCAUAGUUCCCCUGCCUCUCCCUCCCCCCUCAACCUCACGGCCGGCUGUCUCACCACCUCACAGCCACAGGGCACAGACGCGCCCCUGGACCUGUCCCUGCCUAAGUCCAGCUCAGAGAAGGAGCCCGCCAAAACUACCAGCCCCUCCUCCUCCAGUGUGCCCGACGAGCCUCUGAACCUGAGCUGUCUGAAGAAGGAGGCUCUGUGUGGGGUGUAUGCCAGCCAAAGCAGCGCCGCACCCGUGCACCUGGUGAGCACCCAGCUGCCCGCUCUGGUGGCCCUGGCGGAACAGAGUAGUGUACAGUGUCUGAGGGCUCUGGGCUCCAGCAAAAGGACCAUCCUCAUCCCACAGCUCGCCUACUCCUACAGCUCUGCAGCCACCAGCCCCGCGGGGACGGAGACGCACGAGGCCGCCAUCCAGCUCAACGGCAUAAAGGAGGAACGUGCAGACUCAGAGGGCCUCUCUGCUGCAGACGAACCCGACUCAGACUGUGGACCGUCCCGUAAGAAGAUGAAGAAGAGCGAGAGCGGCCUGUACGCCUGCGACCUCUGUGACAAGAUCUUCCAGAAGAGUAGCUCCCUGCUGCGACACAAAUACGAGCACACAGGGAAGCGACCUCACGAGUGCAGCAUCUGCUCCAAGGCCUUCAAACACAAGCACCACCUGAUCGAGCACAUGCGGCUGCACUCCGGAGAGAAGCCCUACCAGUGCGACAAGUGCGGCAAGCGCUUCUCCCACUCAGGCUCCUACUCGCAGCACAUGAACCACCGCUACUCCUACUGCAAGAGGGAGCCCACGCAGCCAGAGGGAGCCACCGAGCUCCUGACUCCCCCCACACACGCACAGCUCCUCCCACCCCUCAACACGGACUCGGACGAGAGGGCGAGCAGGGACAGCGAGGAGGACGAAGAGGACGAGGAUGGAGCGGCCGGCAUAGAGGACAUCCGGGUGGUCCAGGUGGAGGAGGAGGAGGAGGAGGAGGGGACAGAGGAGGAGGAAGACACGAGGCAGGGGGACAAAGCAUGUGAGACGGAGGAGACGGGAGAAGAGGAGGACACUAGGCAGGAGGUCGCCAUGGAAACGGAGGAGACAACUAAGGAGACAUCUGAGGAAACAUCUGAGGAGACAUCUGAGGAGACAUCUAUGGAGACAAAGACAGAAGUGGACGUGGACCGAGGAGACGAAGGAGCAGACUGAACUUUUUGGUCACUACUGUGUUGAAAUCCGGGUGUGCCUGAGCAAAUUGUUUCCCACAGAGUCACGUGGCUCUGCUUUUGUAAGAGAAAAAAAAAGAGUUUUAACUAAUGAAGGAAAUGCAUUAUACAGACUUUGAAAGCUAGAGCCGACACGUUUUAGAUUUUAUUACUAAAACAUCUUGGGUCCUUUGAUUUUAUCAGUGUUACUAAUUUUAUCACUCAUAUUUUAACCUUUAAGAAGCUGUACAGUUGGGAGAUAUUUCUUAACCUUUUUAUUGCCAAUGAACAAAAGAGACGCAAGUAUUUUAUUAAGUUGGAAGAAUCCUGUGCACUACGUGGCUUGGUUGACCCCCGGUUGACCCCUGGACGCGUCGUACCGUCAGUAUUACAGAACCAAGCGCACUGUUGGAUGGGACUGAGAGGCCCGGACUGCUGCCACUCCUGUGUGAUUGUAUGAGGCACUGACAGGAGCGCACCUGUCUGGAGGAGCAGACAGGAGCACUGCUAAAUGAAGGAGCUUGUAAGUCCAUAGACAGUGUACAAAUAGUGGCCCACGGGCUGAUCUGAAAAAGUGGAUUAUGGUAAAGAUUGUUCAGGAGUCAGUAUUGAAGUAUUUUGAUAAACAAAGGGUCAAGCCAUAAACAAAAAAAUGAAAUAUUAAUCAGAAUUUCAAAUAAAAUCUCAGUUUUUUAAUACUCCAUUUGCAUUCUAUUACCUAGUAACAGGUAGUAGCCGUGCACUCAAGAGCAUAUGUUUACAUACUACAGAGGUGGGUAGAGUAGCCCAAAAUUGUACUUCAAAAUAAUAUUAAUCAAGUAGAAGUACAAAGUAGACCAAGAAAUUACUCAAAUUUAGAGUAAAAAAAAGUUUGUGAAAGCUACUACUCAAGUGAAAUUAACUGUAAGACUGUCUAGACCUAACAUCUGAUUUAUAAUUGACAUAAAAAUCUGGUAUUUUCAAAGGUCAGGCCAUAAACAUUUAAAUAAAAUCAUAUCUAAAGGAACAGUGCAAGAAACACAUGUUCAAAUCUGUUCACAUUGUCAACAUAAAGCUUUUGUCAAGUAAGACCACUGUUACACUGUACAAUAUAUUACUCAAGUAUGGGGUCUGAAAACUAUUACAAGAAGCAUAAUUUCUUGAAAGAGUACUCAAGAAGAAGUAGAAAGUAGAGUUCUACCCACCUCUGGAUACUUGUAGUUCACAAACUACAAUACUGAUUAUGUGAAUGCAAAUCAGCUUUUUUACUUAACAAAAAAUAAAAAAUAUAUAUUAGAAGUCUCAGAAGAUUCAACCAACAUGACAUGCUAUGUACUUCCAGCUAGCUAAAUACAGGUUGGCGAAUCCUGAAGCUAACCUGCUCUGUGUUUUCUCCUGUUUUCUGGUCCACUAUGCAGCCACUGUCUAUGGAGAAACCACUUUUAUCUUCCAAAGCCAUGUUUGAACAAUGAACUAAAGCCUUUGUACUGCACCUUUUGAGAAAAACCACUAAUGUAAAAGCUAUUUUUGCUAAUGAGACGUACCACUGUCUGAGCGCUAGCAUGUUAGCAACCUAUGGAAGAAGAUGUAGCAUGUUAGCAUCACUUUGUACUAAACAGCCUAUGGACAAGUACCUCAUACAAGCACACCACUAAGUCUUUCAGUUACAAUCAGUGUUUCCAGUGAGGAGAGCAGAGAUACGGAGGUGUGUACCCUGCUAACCCUAAACCCUACCCCGCCAAGCCGAGCCGAGCCUUAUGCAAAAAAAAAAAAAGAAAAGACAAAAUGCAUUUCGAAAGUGCCAUUGAAGCUGCUGUUAGCGUAGCAGCACUGAUCAGGUAUCGCCGGGUCCCAGAUAUAAUGUAACCCAGUAAGUAAAUGCCGCUAUACUGUUGACUUGGGCUCACCACACCACCCCAGAGAAUUAGCUCACCGCAUAGAUUUACAAGAUUUAGUUUCAGUCCCUGUAGCGAGCGAUAAAGAUUAUUAUCCCUGUUUUAUUUUGAAAUGUAUCAAACCGCAAAUAGGAAUGUCUACGUGUUAAAAUAACUUGAAUUCAUAAUUGUUUUCUUGAUGUGAGUAGCGGGAUUAAUUGGCGAGAUAGACUUAUGGAAAGAAGUUGCUAGCUGAAGGAUUAGCUUAGUGCGAUUUACGUAUAUGGGGGAAACUGGAGUAACCGUGGGAAACUUACUUAUGCUAACUUUAAGGAAAAUGGACAAAUAUGGUUCAAAAAUCAAACCAGGGGCCAGGGAACUCAAAGGGUAAAGAAAAAAGAAAAAAAAAAGUUAAACAAAUGUCUGUAACUUACUAAAUUGUUGUAUUACGUCACAGUGUAAUUGUAUUUGAAGUGGGAGUUCUUUAAUUACCAGUCCGAUUGGCGUUUUUUCAAGUCGGAGGUGGGAAAUAUCUCAGUUACCAGUUGCAUGGAACACAUCACUCAUCUACAGGUUACAUUUUUUUACAGGAAAUAAAUUAUUGUUUCAAAUAAUCAUGAAUGACCGGUAACCAUCCCGGUAACCAUCUCAAAAAACAUGUAUCUAGGCAUAAUUAACUCUUCAAAUUUAGAUUCAAAUGUACUCAAAUCAUUUUAAACAGUUUGAAUUCAAGUCUGUUUUCAUUUUUCGUAGAUAUUUCAGUUUUUGCGGUGUUCCUCAUAGCGCCUCCGUGCACUUGUAUCCAGGUUGUGUCAUUUGGAUUCUCGGAGCUCAAUCGAAACCAUUCAGUAUUACCUUGUGUUUGUGUCUGUUUCCUUGACGGCAGUAUUAGCCCUCCCCUCGAGAUGGGUCUGUUUUUAGUUUUUCUAUUUAUGUGUCUUAUUCAGUUUUUUUAUAUUUCUUUGGUUAUUUAUUACACGCUGUAUUGUAGUUUGUAUGAAUAAUAUAAUUUAGUAUGACGACAAUUCCGUUUGCAGCCGACCCGACCAUUGUGCACCCCGCUCCCACAUGAAGCUACUGAACUGUCCGGCUAACGGCUAACUGUACGUGCUAGCAUGAGUGUGUCGUCCCGAAGGAGGACCAUAACCGCAGACUGUCCCAUUGUCAAGCCAAAAUAAUCUCCUCCAAGUAUUGUUCCUCGUUUUUAUUUGUGCCAAUUUGUUUUUACUUUGAUGUCAGUGUUGAGACCACGCCCCUUUUAUAAGCCCCUCCCCCUUUAACAACCAUAUUAUUUUUUAUAGUGGUUAUCUUUUGUUUCGUUUUGUUAAUUUUUAUGACUCCCCAUCUCACAAUAAAAUACAUCUACAAGCUA